CGACCGGCUGUCACCCAUUGUGGCACCGAUGCCGGUGGCGCCCAGGCGUGACCCCGCCCCCGCCGGCCGUCACCCAGCCCAGUGGCGAUAAUCGAUUAUCUGUGGGGGCAGCGCCGCCGCUCCUGGGGCUGCGUAGGGGAAGAGUGGGCAUCGCGCCUGGUUCCUUGACAUGCAUAACAGGGGCCUAGGCAUCUUCUCAGGGUCGAGGGCCUCUCUCUUCUGGUCCAGAGCCAGACUCUCCUUCCUAACCUGACCGAAGGCCACGUGCUGGGGGUCCAGGGUGAGGCUGUAGUUAUGACAGGCCAGGAACGGAGGGAGGGGUCCUCCAGUUCCCUGAGCCGCACCAUGGGGCCUCUGCUUAUCGCACUUCAUGCCCAUGCAUCUUUGUGCUUCUCUCUCCCGCACAUAAAUUCAUGCUCACUAGUCCUUGGCAGGGCCUCUUCCAAGACCUGGAACUUCCAAGGCUCCUUAUCUGAGUCAUCCCAGUGCCAGCACUGGUCCUCCAGCCCUGAGUACAGCUAGGCUUGUGGCCUUCCAAAGGACUAGCCCGAUGCCCAUCCCUAUGAGAGUGUCCGACUACUGAGAAGCUGAUCUGGGUACCCUGUGGAAACCCAAAGGAGCUGAGGGUUGUGAAACCAGAGUGGUGUGCAAGUGGCUGUCCUCCGUGGCUUGAGCUAGGCCCUGUUUGAAGGAAGAAAGAAAAAAAGGGGGGAGCCCAGCCCUGACACCAGAAGACCUUGGCAAGCCUCACUGUAGAUGGAGGGUCAGCCUCUAGCAUUGAUACCGGGUGGACCCCAGAGUACUAGACCAGAGUGCAGUGGGCAAAGCAAAGGCAGCUGGCAGAUGGGGUCAGCUGGAGUCUCCUGGCAGGGACAUGCCCCGCCCAAGACUGAUGAGGCUCACUGGGAGGGGCUCCCCCAGGAGCCUUCCUAGAGAACUGCCUCCCCAUCCUCAUCCCAGCAGGCCAGACAAAGCCUGCUAGGGACACACGCCGCCUGACUAUUGUGUAAGGGAGAAGGAAGGGGCUAGAAACUAGGGAGGCAGGGAUGGAGGCUUCUGGAAAGUCCUUCACGUCUUGGGUACCUGCUCCUUAGCAUCAGCAGUGUUCGCUGUCCAUUGCUGCCCGGAUGGAGACCCCCCUCCCUUCCGGCUGAAUUAUGAGCCCUUCAGUUAGAGCCAGCCUCACACCAUCCCCUAGUCCCAGAGCCAAAGGGAGAGAGCACUGAGUCAAAGCAGAUGGACAAAGCCCCCAGAAGAGUGCCAGAGUUGGGGUGCUUGGGCCUGGGGGAAGCAGCACACAGUAUCUUCCGUGUUUCUGUGGUGUACAGAGACAGGGCUUAACCAGGCUUCUUUCUUACUCUACGAGGGGAAGGGGGUCAGAGCUGCAGUCUGUGUGGAAGGGGGUUGUCUGUCUGCCCUUUGCCUCCACACCCCUUCUUGGACAGUGAUGAAGACUCUGUCUGCUAUGCCUACUUAGAAUUCUAGGACGGAAAAACAUCAAGUGUCUCAUCCUCACGAAGAGGUGGGCACAGCUGUGGCAUAUGGCAUCAUAUCCCUGAGGAGUAUGUCUUGAGUCUCGGGGGAAUAGAAAAAGGGCUGUGCAGAGCACCCCCUUCCUUAGGGCUUCUCCCGGAAACAUGCAGGAUAUGACAGCUUGAUUCGGCCAUACUCGGGCUGUGGAUGGGGAGUAAGACCCUUGCUGUUUGACCUGGACUUCCCCAGAGAAUGUACCUUCCCAGUAGACAAGUCGAGGGGCAGUUUAAGACUAACUAGCUCUGUUCAGCAUGAGGGUGUGGCCCAGGCCACGGCUGUCUGUAUGAUCUUCCAGAGAUGCUCUAGAUUGGAGAUACCACCUGUCUGGGUGGAGGCCAGGCUGAGAGCUGUGUCCACAGCAGUCGGAGCAGGGAAGGUGGGUGGAUUCAGCCUGGAGGCUUCCUGCAGGUCAGGCAGGAGCCAGUAGCCACUCUCUGGGAGCCAGAACUUAGAAGGCCGCUUCUCAGCCCUGGGAUGAAUGGCUCUCCUGUUCCAGUUGUGGGCCCACCCUCCUCCCCAGGUGCCAGCUGUCCUCGGGCCCCAUAGCAGACCCAGGGUGGAGGCCCCUCCAAGAAGCCAAAGGGCAGAGCUUUCCUAGACAAGGGGUGGGACCUGCACGAGAAAGGGAGAAAGGGAGGGAGGUCUCCCUGCCCUUCGGCGAGUGGGAACAGUGACUUAUCUAGUUUCUUGCCUCCUGGGGCUGGUGUGCUCUGAUUCUGGUGGGGUUGAAAUGAGGAGAGAGGAAAGGUCGGUGGCUCACAGAAGAUGGCUUCCAGUUCAUCAGCACCCUGUGAUUCCAGGGACACGUGAUUCCUAAAGUAAUGGCAUGUUGUGGCCAGAGGUUUUGCCUAGCUGUGGCCUGACCAAGGUUUCCAAGCUAGGAAGGAAGAGGGCUAUCUAAACUCUGACCACUGCAUCCCCUCGCACCGUUUUGUUUUUUAUUUGUUUGUUUGUUUGUUUGUUUGAGAUAGAGAGUCUCAAUGUAUAGCUCUAGCGGUACUGGAACUCACUACGUAGACCAGGCUGGCCUCAAACUCACAGAGAUCCGCCUGUAUCUGCCUCCUGAGUGCUGGGAUUAAAGGCGAGCACUUUAAAGGCUACUCUGACUGGCCUCCCCCACUAUUAACCUAUGCUAAGCAGAGGGGAGAGGCAGAUCUGGGACAGGUGCUGGCAGGACUUAGUAUGGAAAAGGUGAACUCUGUCCUCAGCGCACAUGAAGAUGCCACGCGGGAAAAGAAUUCCCCCAAUCACAGGCACACACACACACACAUGCGGAUGUUAGGAAAGAGUGAGCCCCCAGGUAGUGGGGAUGGGCGUGUCCGUGGGUUGUUUGGUCUCCAUGGCACGGUUCGGGGGGGUUUCGGGUGAAGUGCGAGGGAGCAAGGUGUUGGCCGGGGCUGGUUCCCGCGCGGUUGCGCGUGGGUCCGGAGCGUUCUGCAGCGCCCUCUGGUGGGCGGCAGCCGCGCGGUGUUCGGGAGGCAGGUCCGCGACCGCAGACAACUCGCCUCUCGCCUGCCGACGGUCUGGACCCGACCUCGGGUGCCACGGCUGCGCUCCGGGUCCACGCGGCGCCCCCGCCCGCGCGCCUCUGCUGGGCCCUGCCCUCCGCAGCCGUUUUCUCGAGGCUCCGCCUGCGGCCCAAUUUCCAAGCGACCGUUUCCCGGCGACGGCGGGCGGGGCGGUCCCCACCACCGCUGCCGGGAGCCCGCUAAGCCCCGCCUACGGCUCCAGUGCGCGAGCUACUGCUGAGCCACAGCUCGCUUCCCUUGCGCUGAGACAGGGGAAUGGCUCGCACGACUUCUGAGGUCAGCGGCCUACCAGGUAGGCGACGCUCCCUCUUCCGGUCUCAGUUCUCGUGUCUUCAAAACCUGAGUCAGAAGAGGGCUUAAGAGCAAAUUUACCCAGCGCGAAUCUCUCGAGAUCGCUGGCCCCGACUGGCCUGACCCCGGUGUAGGGUCGGAACAAGGCCGGCAGGGCCCGCAGGGUCGCCACGAUGGACUCACUGGCAGCACCCCAGGACCGCCUGGUGGAGCAGCUGCUGUCGCCGCGCACCCAGGCCCAGAGGCGGCUCAAGGACAUCGACAAGCAGUACGUUGGCUUUGCCACACUGCCCAACCAGGUGCACCGGAAGUCAGUGAAGAAGGGCUUCGACUUCACCCUCAUGGUGGCUGGUGAGUCCGGCCUGGGGAAGUCUACUCUUGUCCACAGCCUCUUUCUGACUGACCUGUACAAGGACCGGAAGCUGCUGAGUGCUGAGGAACGGAUCAACCAGACAGUCGAGAUCCUGAAACACACCGUUGACAUUGAGGAGAAGGGAGUCAAGUUGAAGCUCACCAUUGUGGACACACCCGGCUUUGGGGAUGCGGUGAACAACUCGGAGUGUUGGAAGCCCAUCACCGACUAUGUGGACCAGCAGUUUGAGCAGUAUUUCCGCGAUGAGAGUGGCCUCAACCGAAAGAACAUCCAAGACAACCGGGUGCACUGCUGCCUGUACUUUAUCUCCCCGUUUGGACACGGAUUGAGGCCAGUGGAUGUGGGUUUCAUGAAGGCUUUGCAUGAAAAGGUGAACAUCGUUCCACUCAUUGCCAAAGCCGACUGCCUGGUUCCCAGUGAGAUCCGGAAGCUGAAGGAUAGGAUACGGGAGGAGAUUGACAAGUUUGGGAUCCAUGUGUACCAGUUUCCAGAAUGCGACUCAGAUGAAGAUGAAGACUUCAAGCAACAGGACCGGGAACUGAAGGAAAGUGCGCCCUUCGCUGUUAUCGGCAGCAACACUGUGGUGGAGGCGAAGGGGCAGCGGGUCCGGGGACGACUGUACCCCUGGGGGAUCGUCGAAGUGGAGAAUCAGGCGCACUGCGAUUUUGUGAAGCUUCGGAACAUGCUAAUCCGAACUCAUAUGCAUGACCUGAAGGAUGUGACAUGUGACGUGCACUACGAGAACUAUCGUGCCCACUGCAUCCAGCAGAUGACCAGCAAACUCACACAGGACAGCCGGAUGGAGAGCCCCAUCCCUAUCCUCCCACUGCCCACCCCGGACGCAGAGACAGAGAAGCUCAUCAGGAUGAAGGACGAAGAGCUAAGGCGCAUGCAGGAGAUGUUGCAGAAGAUGAAGCAGCAAAUGCAAGACCAGUGACACCCAGCCCCAGACCCACAUCGCCAAGGCUAGAUGGCCGGUUUCCGGGCUGGCUCCUCCUAUCCCUGGAUCCCAGACUGUCCUGGAUUCUACCCUGGGUUCAUCUGGAUCUCAGACAGCCUGGACCUAGCCCUAACCCAAAAUGGCUUUGACCAAACUGUUCAGACCUGGAGUCACGGAGCCACAGCCCUCAGAUGACCCUAAUUUAUUCUCAGCAUCCACCCUUCCCGGUCGUUGGUAUCUGCUUCUGAGUGGUCUGAACCACAGCCCCUCCACAACAUCCUGCCGCCCCCGCCCCCGUGCGCACCUCCCGCUCGUCUAAAGGGAACAAGUUGUGUAUAAUCUCCAAGAUCUCUCUUCCUAAAAGAUCACUGCCCCAGUGGCCUAUAAACCAGGGUAGAGGAGGGUCGUGGAUGCAGGGUCUUGGGCCUGUUACGCAAGAUAAUACCGCAGAAUGGAAUUGGGAGGCCCUCUCUGCGGGUUCCAGUGGGCUACAAAGCAUAUGCUAAUAUCCUACUGUGUGCGGAAGUAGGCUCGGCCCUCCCUCACUCUUUAACCACGCUCUGUUCAGGACCAGAGCACACGGGUUUGGAGGCUGAGGCCUUUAGGAAGACCCCAGACCUAGAAGCGUCUAGGAGGAAGGAGGGGGAUGUGUUGCGCUAGACCGCUCAGGCCCCUUCCUGGGUCGACCUGAAGGACUCCAGCGGCGGUUGGAACGGGGUGUACCCUAUGCCUAGACUACUUUCAUCUACCUAUAGGUCGAGUUCUCCUCCUCCCAGCAGCUCUGUUGUGCUGGGAUUCCAGCCCUUGGCCUCCUCCAUCUGUCCACCCGCAUGACCCCUCCCCACACACCCCAUUCUCCGUUUUGUUUAGUUGUGAAUGCCGCGUCCUGUCCUGGGGACAGGAGAACAAAGUUGGUGAACGUC